AUGCUUCAUUCCCGUUUACGGCCCCUCCCCCGCCAUCAUCAUCCUAGCACACCCACAACCAGUGCCCCGGCACCAGAAUUCCAAAACGAGGACGCCGACUGCGAAUUUGACGAAUCACCCGAAGAUCUCUUCGGUACAUUCCUCCCCCAUCUCUUUCCAGACGACGCACCUUCCUUCCACGGCGACCCAGGCCAACACCUCCUCUACAGCUCCCCGCGGUAUGGCGACCUCAACAUCAUGGUCCCCAGCUACCCAAGCUCAAGCCAGCAACGGCCCGAGGCAGACAGCUCCGUGAACCAAGUCGACGAGGGACGCAGGCUCUUCGCGCAUUUCCUCUGGAGCGCAGCAAUGGUCGUGGCCGGGGCCGUGGAGGAAGCAGACACACCCACCGCACCAGGCGAGACCGAGACAGAAGCCCAGAGAGAGAACCGGGAGUUGUGGAGGAUCAAGGGGGAGAGUGUGCUGGAACUAGGCGCUGGCGCCGCCCUCCCAUCCGUCGUCUGUGCCCUAGCCAACGCCUCGAGGGUCGUGGCAACCGACCACCCCUCCUCGCCUGCGCUCAGCGGCGCAAUCGCUUUCAAUGUUGAGUACAACCUGGCCAGACGCUCGCCUACGGUCGUGAAAGCAGUAUCAGUGUACCCGCACCAAUGGGGUUUGUUGGAUGACUCCUUCUCGACGGCGAACAAAGGUGCCUUUACGCGAAUCGUGGCGGCGGAUUGUUACUGGAUGCGCGCGCAGCAUGAGAACCUUGUGCGCACGAUGCAGUGGUUCCUUUCGCCCGGUGGGAAGGUGUGGGUCGUUUCUGGGUUCCAUACUGGUCGGGCGAUUGUUGCCGGGUUCUUUGAGACGGCGCUUGAGAAUGGCUUUGUGAUUGAGAGGAUCUAUGAGAGGGAUUUGAUUGCAAGGUCGGAGGAUGACGGUGAGAUUCGCAGGGAGUGGGCUCCGAUUAGGGAAGGGGAGGGCACGGAGAAUCAGAGGAGGUGGUGUGUUAUUGCUGUUCUCAAGAGGAGAGGGGAGUAG